AUGCAGACGCCGAAGCAACGCUAUGACAGCGUUAAACCUCGCGAACGAGUCGAAUUCGGUGGCUAUCGUUUUGUAAUUCCUUCAUUAGACUUUAAAAUGCCAAAAUUUCGAUGUUGUAAUGGUGCGCACGAAGGAGUGGAUCUUUGUGAACAUGAUACUGAUAGGUUUGAUCUUGCUGAAUGUUCGAAUGAGGUGCAAGAUAUCAUCCGCAACACAUCGACAUCUGAAGCGUUGCAAGCUCAAAGUUCUCCUCCUUCAACGAUGACAAAAACGACGAGAACAACAACGGAAACUGCACAAAAUCUCCAAAAAGCGCCAACCCCUGUUCCAAAACUACAAGACUCUGUGCCAAAGAGACUUAUUCCCAAAGUCGUACGAAAUUCUCAGUCCGCAAAGUCAAAUGAUGGAAGCACUUUGGCAAAAACCACUGCAAGUUAUACUACUGCAGUUUCUCUCUCUUCAAAACCAUCUCCAUUAGCGGCAGCGUCAGCCACUUCAAAUAUAACUGUUCCACCUAGUGUCCAGUCUGUGUCGCGGAAUCCAUCUACCACCAGCUGCAAAGUUUUAGAUGUUGUCGAGGACAGCGAUGAAGAAAUUCUUUUUCGAGAUGAACCAUCUGAUGACUGCAUAUUACUUGAAGACGAACCAGCAGCGAAUGACUCUUUGGAUGAGGUCGAGCCCAUGGAUACGGCAACAUCGACGAAUGCUGUGCACUACGCUGAUUCAGACGAUUCAUUCGAUGACGAAAUUGUACCGCUUCAACGAUCUACGAGUUCUACAGAGCGGCACGAUAUGCACGGUCAAUUCCGAGGUUUCCUGAAAGACGACGGAGACGAUUUUGAAGAUGAAGUGGGUCUACUUGGGCAAGAACUUCGUGAUGAGCUGUAUCGUACACUGAAAGAGAAGUUCGGGUUCAACUCCUUCCGACAUCGUCAAAAAACUGCAAUCACAGCAAUUCUUUUGGGAUACGAUGCGUUUGUACUUAUGCCUACUGGUGCCGGUAAAAGUUUGUGUUAUCAACUGCCAGCAGUUAUGUCGAACGGUGUGACAGUGGUAGUCUCUCCUCUGAAGUCGCUCAUCGAAGACCAACGUUCGAAAAUGAAGGAUCUAGCGAGAUGCACCGACCGCUAUUCUCCAGACAAGAGCCUUCAGCCCCACCGAUCCAAGAUCUCAUGUGAAGCUUUGACAUCUGACUUAAACGACCACGAGCAGACAGUGAUCUACAAUCGAUUGAUGUGUUCACCUCCGGAUAUUAAACUGUUGUACGUUACUCCUGAGAAGAUAAGUGCAUCCGGACGGCUAGCAUCGGUUUUUGCAAGUUUGCAUCGUAGGAAUCUUCUAGCCCGUUUUGUUAUCGAUGAAGCACAUUGUGUAUCACAAUGGGGUCACGAUUUCCGGCCUGACUACAAGAAACUGUUGUCUUUACGUAGAGACUAUGCACAACCAAAGGUACCAAUAAUUGCACUAACGGCCACAGCUACUCCAAAAAUUGUCGCUGACACCAAAGAUCAUCUAGGUAUUGCUGAUUCUAAACUAUUUAUUAGUAGCUUCGUCAGAAGUAAUCUCACUUACGAAAUAAUUCCAAAAGCUGCAAAAUCUUUCAUAAACGUUGUCGAAAAAAUGAAGCAAUUAUAUCCUGGAAAAGCCGGUAUUGUUUAUUGUCUAUCGAGGAAAGAAUGCGAAAAUGUUUGUACAUCACUGACCAAGGCAGGCGUGCGUGCUGAGGUAUAUCAUGCUGGUUUACCGGAUAAAGCGCGAGUACAGAUGGCUACGAAAUAA